AUGCGUUCCAACUCGGCCGAGAAGGGGACCCACGCCGGGUCUCCAAACGCGUUGAUUGAUCACAUGAAGACCUCCGUGCAGCCAGCAAACAGCGCCGCGGGGCUUCGCAGCGGCUACAGCGGCAUUGGCAGCGGCCCAGGCGCCGCCGUCCCCUCCUCCUCCACUGCGUCGCAGCAAACCCGCGAUAACAUCGAACGAGCGCUGCGCACGAACGAGUCGACGAACAACUCCGGCUACGCUACGCUGCAGUCGUUAGGGAAGCAGCGGGAGGUGAUCCAGAACAGCCUCCAGAACGUCGAUUCCACCCAUCAGCACCUCACAGACUCUCGCCAGGUAAUUCACGACAUCCGCAUGGGCGUGUACAAGGAGUGGCUCAUUAAGGGCUGUGUCGUUGCGUUUCUGUUGCUGCUGAUUGUCCUUAUCAUUUACUCGAAGUUCAUUCGAAAGUAA